AUGGAAGGAGCUAACAAAGAAGAGGAUGAGAAGAUGUGUGCAACAGCCGCAAAUGUCGCUGUUCGAGCUGCUACUGGGGUUGGUGACAUGCUUUCAAGGUGGCAAUUAAUGAUUGAGGCCAAGCAGAAACAGGGAGGACCUGAUGUGGCAUCUGAUUCUCAGUCUGGUAAAGAUGUGGCUCAGAAACCUUUACCAUCCUCUGCAACACGCAUAAGGGAAAAUCAAGAAGCAGAAAAACGUGGUCAUUCAGUUGCCAGUAGCACCCCUAAACUUUCUUUUUUAAUGCAUGAUUUAGAAGUCGAUCCUUCCAGUUCCCUUCGUGGUCAUAUAGAAGUUCUGAAGCCAUCAAAUUUUGCAGAGUAUGAGUGCAAUGCCAAAGCAUGGAAAUCAGAGAGAGAGAGAGGAAACGUGAAGAUGGCAUUUUACUCCACCCACACAAUCACCAUAGAGCUCAUGUUUCUUGCAAAUCACCAAAGAUAG